CCAGCCCCCUAGUGCGGAACGGUUCAAAGUGUGUUACACCUGACGGGUGACGUCACAGAUGAACAGCCAAUAAAAGCGAGUGAAACGCUUUGAGCUGAAUCGCUCUCUAAACUCCCAACAGUAUACACGGACUACAGAACAAGUUCUGUUGUCGCAAAAACAACAUCAACAUCAUCGUACACCUCUGCCUGACUAGGCUUUCGAAAAAAUGCCGAAAGCUUUCUUAGUGAAGAAGAAGACAGAGAAGAUCAGAAAGCUGCCUUCGAACGCAAUUAUUUCCAGCCCGAGAGAAGGUGAGUGAAAUAUUCCAAUCCUAUUGUAUUAUCUUUGAUGCACUUGUUGUCAAUUAUAUCGGACAGGUAGCAGUGCGCGCAAGAAUUCUUCCUUAGCGGGCUUCGUUCGCUCGCUCGCUACUUUCCCAAUUUGCGUGUACUUUGCUGCAUUGUAUCGCCGCCCGCUCAGUGCGGCUGCCUAUUUGCUGAAUUUUUGAGCGCUGGUUUCUAACAGCAGGUAGAAUUUGUAAAUCAGAUAUCUGAUUUCUUAUUCUACCAUGUGUUUUUUCAUCCACGCAUGCAACAGGUUAUAAUCAAGAUUUACAACAUGCUACUACACCGCCGCUUAUCAACACAAUGCUUCACAUGCCGGUCGAAAUGAGCUGGGAAAAGAGACUUUUCACCUAUCCCGCCGAAGUUUCGAGCCUCAGCGUACUGAGAGAAAUUCCAAAGAGUGUUUCCGUGGAGUCUAACGAAAAACAACCAGGCAUAAGGAGCGUUGAUGAAAAUGGCAAUGAGAUUGCCCAGGGGCAAACAGCGCGAAAUCACUACCAGUGUCAGGAGUGCUGCAAAAAUUAUUCAUCGCUGACAUCGCUUCUGAGACACCAACAAUAUCAUUGUCAUCCGCACCAGAAGCGACCGUUCCAUUGCAAAUACUGCGACAAACUUUACGUGUCGCUUGGAGCGCUUAAAAUGCACAUUCGGACACAUACACUGCCUUGUAAGUGUCAAAUCUGCGGGAAGGCAUUCAGCCGGCCGUGGUUACUUCAAGGACAUAUUCGAACACAUACAGGUGAAAAGCCCUAUAAAUGCCCGAAUUGCCAGCGCGCUUUCGCAGACAGAUCGAAUCUUCGUGCGCAUCUACAGACACACUCAGACGUGAAAAAGUACAGCUGUGGUCUUUGCUCCAAAUCUUUUUCAAGAAUGUCACUACUGCUUAAACAUGAAGACAACGGCUGCCCUGGCAAUAACACUUAACACGAAAACCUGAUUAACUGUAUUCCAGAACUUUCGAUUCGCUAGCAAAGCUCACCAAAUCGCGCCACGAUAAGGUUAAAUGGCUUAUCGGUGCUCAAAACAAAAAAAUCACAGUUGUGACUAAAAUGUUGGAAAUGUUUCCUGAAAGAUGUUUUUGUUCAAACGCAAGAUGACAAUGGAAUCGACCCGUAGAGAAGCCGGUCUUAAAAAAAAAAUUUUUUAAUAGGCUCUGGUGUAGAGAAUAGUCCGAUUAAAGUAAUAAGAUCGCCAGAAUUUUACAGAGAAUAAGAUUGACUUUUCCAUAACAAUUGACAAACAAUCCAGUCUUUGCAAAUGCAUUUAAGAGCAUUUAAACUCUAGGAAAUUGCAACAAGGAACUCGUCACUAAAAACUAACUUCUAUCAAGAAAGGAAAUCGCAGAGAUGUUUUCCAUUUCAGUAAAUUGUACACCCAAAAAUCGGUAGAAUGUAGGUGCAGAGAGAUCGUUUAUAAAUAAAGACUUCAUUUCAAGCGAGUCUGUACGUAAUCUUCUGUCGCCAUUGCACACAAAGAAACCGCAUUAAUCAGUGAAGAUAUUUGACUAUGCUUAACACCUGUUGAAUCAAAGUUAUCUUUGAAUCAAGAAAGCUCGUUCGCAAACACCUGGAAUAAAAUUUCACGAAAAUGCUCUUCCGUCUGUCAUUACGAGCUUUUAUCGCUUCCACC